AUGCGCAGCACACUGGCAGCCACUGGGCAAGAAAACUUGCCUGCAGCCAAGCUGCAGCGCACCGAGCCGCCUGCGCAUCAGCUCCGCGAAGCCCUGCGCGUGCACCUCCUGAAUGAGCACGCCGUGCUGCCUAAACGCGGCUCUGCAGGCGCUGCGGGCUUCGAUUUGGCCAGCUGUGAAGACACAGAGGUGCCUGCACGUGGCCGCGCCGUGGUGAAGACCGGCCUGCAGAUUGCCAUCCCGCCGGGCACGUAUGCACGUGUGGCGCCACGGUCUGGCCUGGCCGUCAAGCACUUCAUUGACACCGGUGCUGGGGUGGUGGAUGAGGACUAUCGCGGGGAGGUGGGCGUCGUGCUGUUCAACCACGGGGAAACCCCCUUCCAGGUGCGGCGAGGCGACCGCGUGGCACAGCUCAUCCUGGAGCGCAUUGCCACGCCCGAGGUGGUCGAGGUGGAGAGCCUGGACGAGACAACACGCGGCACAGGCGGGUACGGCUCCACCGGUGUUGCCAGCUGA